CAGAGAGUGAUUAGUAUGGAAAUGAAGGAACAACAAAGUCUAAGACAAUUGAUGGACAUUUUGCAAAUGGACUAGUGAACGUAUGGUAUUCACAUUUCACCAAAUAACUAUUACAUUCAACGAAAAUGCUUAUUUCUUAUUUUAAUAAAAGAAACACAAAUUGUUAUUUGUAAAAAGAAACAAGACUAUGACUCCGAAUGUGAUUGUUAAUUUACCUAUACGUAUUACUGUUAUCAUAGAAGGUCUGCUUGGUACAAUAUUCAAUAGUGCAGCGAUAAUUAUUGUUUUCAAAACUCAAUUCGGCUCUAAAUUAACUACAUGUAUGUUGAGAGCUCAACCAAUAUUUGAUUUUUGUGCAUGUUUUUUUACAGCUAUCUAUUAUAUAAUUCAAUGUACUGACCGUUAUAAUGAACUGACAGGAUUAUACAUAAUUGAUUUAGUAAUAUGUCAUACAUGGUUUAGAAAUGCCUACUUUUGGUUAUCAUGUACAUUUAGUGUACAAAAUUUAGUUUGCAUAUCAGUGGAUCGAGUGAGCUCUGUUAUAUUCCCUAGAUUAUAUAAAACACAUUCAUGUCAAUUUACGGUUACAUAUUUCGCUUAUAUGAUUUUAAUGUCAUUAUUUCUAUAUAUGCCGGCACCGAUACUUCGUCGUUAUAUGAGUGAUCAUUGUGAAAUGGAUUUUUCAUUCACUUGGGUUGAAACAACUUUAUUUCUUGAUAUUAUGGUAUAUUCAUGGAUUAUGUUCGCUUAUUUUAUACCAGUUCUAGUGAUGUUAAUCAGUCAUAUAUGGGUAAUACAUAUUAUUAGAAAAUUUCAUUCAUCUCGCCAUACUUGUAUAUCUCAUAAAACUGAAUCAACUUCACAUAUUAGACGUAAAAUAAGUCAGUUAGUUAUAACGACAGCAAUUUUAUCAGGUCAACUCGCAUUACUGCAUUCAUAUGAGUCUAUACGUCAAAUAUUAAUUGCAAAUAAAAUUAUGACUUAUAACUAUCAAUCAAUAACUGGACAUUUAGGUCCUAUAUUAAUAUUAUUAGGUUGCGUUUUAAAUCCAUGUGUACUUAUACUUACUACAGCUACCUUAAGAAGACGUUUAUCGAUAUCAAUAAGAGUUUUUACAGAAAAGAUGAGUAUUACUGGAAAAAAGGAUAGAUCUUCAAGUUGA